UCUAUAACAGCAUACCCCCUUUUUAACCCCCUGUGGCUCUCUGUUCAGGUGCCACCUCUGCCUUGCACGCUGCUAGCUAACUAUGUGACACUUAAUAUUUAUUUCCCCGUGUGUUGUAACUGUUUUGGUGGGGGUUGCUGCUGCCUGGAUCACUUUCUCAUGCUAAUGUGAGGAGCUGCUGCUGCGUCCAUCCAUGGCGUCCGUGUACAGCGGAUCUCAUACCUUGAGCAAGGAUGAUGUGAACUACAGGAUGCAUUUCCGAAUGAUAAACGAGCAGCAGGUUGAAGAUAUCACUAUAGAGUUUUUCUACAGGCCACACACGAUAACACUGCUGACAUGCACGGUGCUUAGUUUGAUGUAUUUCGCCUUUACGAGAGAUGAUGGAAAUCCUGACAGUAAUGUCUGGGUGGGCCUCAUCCUGGUCAUCUCCUUCUUCCUUGUCAUCAGUGUUUUAGCAUUUCCAAAUGGUCCAUUUACCAGACCACAUCCAGCAAUAUGGCGAAUAGUUUUUGGUCUGAGCGUCCUCUACUUCCUCUUCCUGGUUUUCAUUAUCUUCCUCAACUGGCAGCAAGUGAAGCAGCUAAUGUACUGGUUGGACCCAAACCUGCGUUAUGCCAAGAGAGAGGCAGACAUAAUGGAAUAUGCUGUGAACUGCCAUGUCAUCACCUGGGAAAGAAUCCUGAGCCAUUUUGACAUUUUUGCAUUCAGUCAUUUUUGGGGCUGGGGCAUGAAGGCCCUGCUUAUUCGAAGCUAUGGCCUCUGCUGGACCAUCAGUAUUACCUGGGAGCUUACUGAGCUGUUCUUCAUGCAUCUCCUGCCUAACUUUGCCGAGUGCUGGUGGGAUCAGGUGAUUCUGGACAUUCUGCUGUGCAACGGAGGAGGCAUCUGGCUCGGCAUGACGGUUUGCCGCUUUUUGGAGAUGAGGACCUACCACUGGGCGAGUAUAAAAGACAUCCACACCACCACAGGGAAGAUCAAGCGAGCCGUGCUACAGUUCACUCCUGCAAGCUGGACUUAUGUACGCUGGCUGGACCCGAAGUCUUCCCUGCAGCGAGUGAUGGGCGUGUAUCUGUUCAUGAUCAUCUGGCAGCUAACAGAGCUGAACACAUUCUUCCUAAAGCACAUUUUUGUCUUUCCUGCAAGCCAUGCACUCAGCUGGUGUCGUAUCCUGUUCAUUGGUAUCAUCACAGCUCCCACAGUCAGGCAGUAUUAUGCGUACCUAACAGACACGCAGUGUAAGAGAGUUGGGACUCAGUGCUGGGUGUUUGGGGCAAUAGCCUUCUUGGAGGCCCUGGCAUGUAUUAAGUUUGGACAAGACUUGUUCUCCAAAACACAGAUCCUCUAUGUGAUCCUCUGGCUGCUGUGUCUGGCCUUCAUUACAUUCCUGUGCCUCUAUGGAAUGGUGUGGUUCGCUGAAAAUUAUGGGCCGAGAGAAAAGAGCCUCUCAGAAUGUGAAGACAGUAAUUACACAGAAUCUGCUGACCAUGUGUCAGAGGGAUUUAAAGGAGAGAAAGAGGUUGAUGACGACAGCCCAACAACCAGACAUAGAGGGAGGAGCUUGGGAAAGACCAGUUCACUUAAUGGCCUGGACAGCCAGUAGGAGCUGGAGCUCAAGAUUGGAUGUUGACUCCUGAACUCACUCCAAGAAACCCAGUGUGAAGGAUCAUGUUAAAAAAGGGGCGAGGAUACAACCUCUUCCUGGUGUAAUUGAAGAAAGCCCCCACAUACAGUAGAGGGAGAUGAGACAGGAGGGAUGCAGGGCCAUGUAGUGUUUUAAGGAGUGCACAGAGGUUUGAACUACAAAGAUGCACACUUUAAUGUGUGCUGAAGUCGUAGAACAAUCCUAAAACCAUUCAUCACAGGUUUCUUAUGUGUGUGUGUGUUAAGAGUGUGUUAUUGUGUGCGUGAAGGAAAGAGGUGGUGAUUAAGACUGCUGAUUUCUAGAUGUGACUGCAUGAUCAAAGUAGCUGAUGAAGUCUAAUUUAGAAACAUUUAUCCUACGAUACAGUAUAUCUUUGAUCGUUAUUGUACAUUUGACUGGUUUCGGCCAGCCUUAACUCCAGUAUGUUGGUUCAACACAUUUCAAUAUUCAAAAGCCAUUAUGUAGAAUUUAUCACAUAAAAGAAUGCCUGCGUGUUCAUUGCACUGACAGGCUUUUAUUAGCAUCCGUCAUGAUUGUCUAUGUACAUCAUAGAUGUUCACACUUGUUUGGUGAGUUUGAAUGUGGGCAGGAUUUUAAUGCAAGAAAGCUUUAGCUGGGUAGGAUUGUUGACUGAAGAUUUAGUUUGACCUCAAACAGCAAAGCACACAGUUUAAGCACUUUUCAGAAUGUUUUCUUGCAAAUACUGUACAUUUUGUAAUGUUUGGGUGUUCUGUGAAUCAUUGUGACUUUGAAUGAUUUUACUCUCCUGUCCACCUGUGGCUGCUAUCAUAUUUUUUUUUAUAAUUAUUGUACUGAUAACUGAGGGCAUCUAUUCAAAUUCCUGCAUGUGUUGUGAAGAACCUGCGUGGUGUGCAGGAGGCUUUUUUUGCAUUUGCAUGGCUGUGUCAAAUCAAAUCAAGUGUUUUGUAGAAAAAUGUUACAAGAGUAUAUUACAUCACUCACCAGGAUGCCAGUAUUGUCAUUUUUAUGUCUUUCACUGUCGUAACAUUUUAUUUUACCCCUUGUGCCUGUUUGCAUAUUCUUUUUUUUAAUCCCCAACUUUUCUUUUUUUUUUUUUUUUUUUUUACUUGAGUUUGAUCUUUAGAUGUUUGCUUUUUCUGUGCUUUUGAGUGCUGUAUUGAAGAUUUAUUUUCAUUGCUCUGUCAGCAUCAUCUCAGUGCAGAUAUAUCCCCAGUAAUCCUUGACAAUCCAGACGUUGAACUCUGUUGAAUGGACCAGUCUCCAGUGCUCCAGUAGACACUAUAAAUGGUACAUUGUCUCUGGGUGUAGAUGUCAUUUGCCAAAAAGCAUUCUGUUGAAAUUAACCUGUGCUGUUCUUUUUCACUGUGAAAU